CCAAGCGCUCAGGGAGUAUCAAGAGAAGAGAGUCUCUGCACUCAUACCCAAUUUUCCUUCUCCCUCAUUUGCAUUUAGACCCCUCAAUUUUCCUUCUUUCUCAUUUCUGUUUGAGCUGAUGUGGCCCUCCAUUUGGCAUAUUAAUUGAGUCAAUUGAACUCCUCUCUAUAAUUCAUUAAUUUGUGACCGUAUACACAAUUCCCAUAUUUGAUUCAGUCUUCCGCAGAUUUUACGGGACGAAAGUGCCUCAAAUUUCGAUCGAGGUUUUUAACUGCGGUUGAGGCACUUAAAAUGGCUGGUCAUAGAGUUGCCCAUGCCACAUUGAAGGGACCAAGCGUUGUGAAGGAGAUACUCAUUGCCACUGCACUUGGCAUUGCUGCAGGUAGCGUGUGGAAGAUGCACCACUGGAAUGAGCAACGGAAGGUUAGGGCUUUCUACGACAUGCUAGAUAAAGGUGAAAUCACUGUGGUUGCUUCAGAAGAAUAGAUAUCUCCUGAAACAAAAUUCUUGAUUAGUCCCUUAUUCAGUUUCUGGACUCGUAAGAGAGAUUGCAAAGUUCGAACUACAAUACAUUAAAGACUUACUGUUCUUGAUUUCUUUGGAUCACCUUACUAUCUUUUUUUCCUUCAGUUCUGAUAUUGAGGUGUUAUAAAAUAAGACUGAAUGUAUCACGAGCUCUUUGACUGUUGAAUAUUUUAAGAACAUAUUUGCCCUCAA